AUGGCAAGCUCCGAGCCGGAUGCAGCAGGCCCCGCCACCGACCUCGCCGACGACGCGCCCAGCCAUCGCCCUGAUAGCAUAUACUCCGAUUCCGUCGCCUCUUCCGCAUCUGGAAUAUCUCUUAGCCGCCAGAGUUGUCCGUUGAGAACCCAAGACUUCCACGACCAAGAGUGCUCACGAUACUUUGACUGUCCCUCCCACACCCUUGAACGAUCUCCCUCGAGCCCGACCGAUCGUCACGCGGACCGCCCGCCCAACCUGGACCUGGAUGACCUAGGAAUGACGAGCCGACCAGGCGAAACUAGACAAAACGAGCAAACAGCAACAGCGAUCGCAGCGCGCGAUCGCCCGCUUCCGCCCCAACCUACGGAAGACGAGGCGCAGUCGGACGACGAAGGGCCGGUACAGCCAAAUGAACGCAUGGCGUCCUUUGCUCGCAGACCUAGUCAGGCAUCUAUCGGUCGAGUGCCGCCAUCACCCACUCUGCCCCACAGCCGUUCAAGGCCGCACACGGGCGGUCGGAGUCCUUCAGACUACAUUGCUCCGAGAUGGCAGCCGGAUGCGGAGGUUACGUACUGUCCAAUCUGCCAGACGCAGUUCAGCUUCUUCGUGCGGAAGCACCACUGCAGGAAAUGCGGAAGGGUCGUGUGCAACGCUUGCUCACCUCAUCGGAUCAUCAUACCUCAUCAGUUCAUCGUGAGGCCACCGGGGUACGAGCUUCCACCGGAGAGCUUGCUCAUGGAUCAGCUCGGAAUUGGACCCCAACGUGGCGCCGCCUCAGAAUGCCUCGGGUUCAUUGCCGCCGACCUCGCCUGGCUCGGCUCGCGCGCCACAUCAGCGAUCUCGAAGUAG